GCGGCGGCGGCGGCGGCGGCGGCGGCGGCGGCGGCGGCUGCAGCGGCUGCGGACGAGGAGGAGGGGGAAGCCGCGGCGGCGGCGAAGGAAAAUGCUUGGCCAGAAGAGAUGAGUACUAAUUCCACUCAGGCCUAGAAUUGCCUAUUAAGAUAGUCCUGAGCAGGCGACACACGAAUGGCCCAAGGAAGCCACCAAAUUGAUUUUCAGGUUUUACAUGACCUGCGACAAAAAUUCCCUGAAGUACCUGAAGUUGUUGUAUCCAGGUGCAUGUUACAGAAUAAUAACAACCUGGACGCCUGCUGCGCUGUUCUCUCUCAGGAGAGUACAAGGUAUCUUUAUGGUGAAGGAGACCUGAAUUUUUCAGAUGAGUCUGGAAUUUCUGGUCUGCGAAAUCACAUGACUUCUCUCAACUUGGACUUGCAGUCACAGAAUGUUUACCACCAUGGAAGAGAAGGAAGUAGAGUGAAUGGAAGUAGGACUUUAACACACAGUGUUAGUGAUGGACAGCUUCAAGGUGGGCAGUCCAGUAACGAACUGUUUCAGCAGGAGCCACAGACAGCACCAGCUCAAGUUCCUCAAGGCUUUAAUGUUUUUGGAAUGCCCAGUACAUCUGGUGCUUCAAAUUCAACACCACAUCUUGGAUUUCACCUAGGCAGCAAAGGAACGUCAAACCUCUCUCAACAAACUCCCAGGUUUAAUCCUAUUAUGGUAACUUUAGCCCCAAACAUACAGACUGGUCGUAGUACUCCUACGUCUUUGCACAUACAUGGUGUACCUCCACCUGUACUUAAUAGUCCACAGGGAAAUUCUAUCUAUAUUAGGCCUUAUAUUACAACUCCUAGUGGUACAGCUCGGCAGACACAACAGCAUUCUGGCUGGGUAUCUCAGUUGAAUCCCAUUAACUCUCAACAAGCCUAUCAGCCUUCGCAGCCUGCUCCUUGGACUACUUAUCCUACGUCCAGUCCUUUGCCACAUACCUCAACCCAGCAGCCAAAUCAGCAGGGCCAUCAGACCUCUCAUGUCUACAUGCCUAUCAGUUCGCCAACUACUCCACAACCGCCAACAAUUCAUUCAUCUGGUAGCUCACAGUCUUCUGCCCAUAGCCAAUAUAACAUUCAGAAUAUUUCAACAGGACCUCGAAAAAACCAGAUCGAAAUCAAACUUGAACCCCCACAAAGAAACAGCUCUUCAAAAUUACGUUCUUCUGGACCUCGAACUGCCAGCACUUCCUCGUUGGUCAACAGCCAGACCUUAAAUAGAAAUCAGCCCACUGUUUACAUAGCUGCCAGUCCUCCAAGUACUGAGGAGAUGAUCUCCCGUAGUCAACCUAAGGUCUAUAUUUCAGCCAAUGCCGCCACAGGAGAUGAGCAGGGCAUGCGCAGUCAACCUACACUCUUCAUAUCCACAAACUCUGGGCCAUCUGCGGCCUCCAGGAACAUGUCUGGGCAAGUGAGCAUGGGCCCUGCCUUCAUCCAUCACCACCCUCCCAAAAGCCGAGUAUUAGGAAGUAACUCUGCAACAUCUCCUCGAGUGGUGGUCACUCAACCCAACACAAAAUAUACUUUCAAAAUUACGGUUUCUCCCAAUAAACCCCCUGCAGUCUCCCCAGGGGUGGUGUCCCCUACCUUCGAACUCACAAAUCUUCUAAAUCAUCCUGACCAUUAUGUAGAAACCGAGAAUAUUCAGCACCUCACGGACCCUACUUUAGCACAUGUGGAUAGAAUCAGUGAAGCACGGAAAUUGAGUAUGGGAUCUGAUGAUGCUGCCUACACGCAAGCUCUGCUGGUGCACCAGAAGGCCAGGAUGGAACGGCUUCAAAGAGAGCUCGAGAUGCAGAAGAAAAAGCUGGAUAAACUCAAAUCUGAGGUCAAUGAGAUGGAAAACAAUCUAACUCGAAGGCGCCUGAAGAGAUCAAAUUCCAUAUCCCAAAUACCUUCACUCGAAGAAAUGCAGCAGUUGAGAAGUUGUAAUAGACAACUCCAGAUUGACAUUGACUGCUUAACCAAAGAAAUUGAUCUUUUUCAAGCCCGAGGACCACAUUUUAACCCCAGCGCUAUUCAUAACUUUUAUGACAAUAUUGGAUUUGUAGGUCCUGUGCCACCAAAACCCAAAGAAGUGCUUCCAACUUUGGCAUUCCGGAGUGGAUUCAUUAGGAAGAUCAAAGGCCCACCAUCAAAGCACCAAAGACUCAAGACACAGAGGAUGAGGAGGGCGCUCAGUGGAACUGCACUGCCUGUACUUUUCUGAAUCACCCGGCCUUAAUCCGCUGUGAACAGUGUGAGAUGCCUCGGCAUUUCUGAGCCAAAGGCCCCGUGUCUCCUCUACAGCCGCAUCUGAAAUUCAAGACAGUCAUCUGUCGUCGACGGGGAAACGUUUCACUGCUCCAUAGGGUUUAGUCCAGUUGAAGGUGUGACAAGACGGUGGCCUGCUGUGUUCAGUGGCAGUCCACAGAGCUAAUAAUACCUCAGUCUAACGUCCUGGGCAGUAGAGGUUCGUCACGUGAGAGGUGACCCGAGAGACCGGGCUGCCUGCUGCCUGACCAUGUACAGUGUCACUGUCCACGAUGGACCAUUCUCACCCCGUCAGUGCCUCGGCGUCCCCAGUCCUUCUCCCUCCUGUCACUACUGAUCUUGACAGGAGGAAGGAAUAGGAUGAUAGCUUUUUGUGUUUUUAAAGCUUUUGGUGAAACACUACAUACACGAAGAGAAGGAACAAGGUUUGACUAUGUAAAAAUUCUGCUGCCGCAUAGUGCCAGUGGAUGCGGGCAAACUUCACAAUCUGUGGUACUCUUGGCCUUGUCUUUGUCUUCUCUGAAGACGUCUCUGUGAAGCCAGCAUCUAGGAUCUGGUGAUGAAAAGGAAAGCAGUGUGCAUUGUCUGCAAAUCCGCAGUGAGCGCCCCAGAGCCUUCCCUACUGUACAGAUCUCUCGCGUCCGCUUUAAGUGAUCUCUUCAUUAUUUUCUUAUAUUUCUAUAUGUAUAGUGUAAUAGACUUUGUUAACUAAUGUUCUUUUUCCCUUUUAGUAGGCACAAUCAUGUUCCUUUUUAAGCCUUACUGAGAAAAGCAAUGCCAUAAGACAAAAAAGCAUUAAUGAAAUGAAACUAUGCACAGAUAACUUCCCUCUCCUGCUCCUGUCCUUCGUCCCCUUGGGUGCCAGUGCUCUGAGAAGAUAUGCAGGUGCUGCAUGGGAGUUGCAGGAAACACUGCAGGCAUGUCGGUAGGUCACACUGUGCACCGACUUCAGCAGUGGGUGACCAAACAUGUCGUUGUCCCCUGCAGCAGCUUAAAGCAAAAAGUAUUUAAACCCCCUGACAUCUUGCCCCGUGUGUGGGUGUCCCCCAGAACUUCACGGGAGGUUCUCGUUGGGAAGUAGUUUGAGAAGCAGCCACAGCAGCGGCGCCAGCAGCCUUUCUUCUUCCUGGAAGGAAGUGUAGCUGCUGCGCUGUCGGGACAGUCCAUUUCUAACCUGACUGGGUGACAUUCAUGUGUAUUUAUAAAACAUAGUCAUCUUUAGACAACUGAAGACAAGCUGGAAAAAAGAAAGAAAACAAGCAGACUUGAACACUGAAACAACCUCAGACAUCUCUUAUCUUGAUGAUAUAUUUUUGUAAGGAAAAUAACUAUUCAUACGAUCAGGAAUGUAUAUAACUAAAUGAAAUCAAGAAAUAACUGCGUUUAAAAAGAAUGAUGAAAUUAUCAGUGCUUAGAAUGGGGCUAGGGAAGUGCUGAAAUACAGCAAAAGAUGGGGAGUCAUGUAGAUUGUCCCGCUGUCGAGGUUCACAAGUGGCUGUUUCCACUAAACAGGAUUAUUGCAGAUGAGCGUUGCAGGGGUCAGAGCCUUGGCUCCAGGCUUUGCCUCGUGAAUAUGGAAAGAAAUAUGGCAAUCCUAGGUCACUAGACAGCAGGCCCCAAACCUCGAUCAUUUGAUGCAUUUUGUUUUCAAAGUAGGCCUUGUUUUUCAGCUUCCUCUGCAGUUCUAUGUGAAGAUUGGUAAAUCAGUUUUUACUUGUUUUAUUAAUAAAACGUAAUUUGGAUAUCUUGAGUUGAUGGUUUUGUGAUUUAGCUGGGUAAACUAUCUUUGUAACAGAUAAGUUAUUUAUAAAAAUUAAAAAACUUAUAUUCUAA